UAGAAAUUUGAGGUUAUUAAAACGUCAAAAAUGUAAAAAUGAUUCUCCAAAAGUUUACAAACUCCCUUAAACUAAUAAAUUACGCAACCAAUGUACUUAAUACAACGUCUAAAAAUAAACUAGUGUGUAAUUGUACCAGGUUAAGGUAUUUUUCAACCAACCCUACCAAUAAAAAUUAUGAUCAACAAAAUCCGAAAAGAAAGACUGCAAUAAUUCCCAAAAUAACCCUUAUCUCAGGUCAAGAAAUAAAUAUAACAACCGUAGAAGAGGCACAGAAACUCUCAAAGCGCAGGGAUUUAAAAUUAGUUAAAAUAGUGGAUAUGGAUACCAAGACACAUCGUCCAGUGUACAAAUUAAUGACUGGGGCGGAAUAUCAUGCAGAGGAUUUAAAACAGCGGGAAGAAAAAAAGAAAGAUCGCAUGAAUGCGUCCAUUAAGGGCGAGAAAGUCAUGAUAAUGAAUCAGAAUAUUGCACAGCAUGAUGUUGAAGUCAACGUUAAGAAAAUACAAAAAUGGUUGAAAAAAUUGUAUGAGGUUAGGAUUGUUAUCAAUGGGGAUAGUAGCAAUAUGGAGAAAGCAGAAAACAUUUAUACUUUGUUGGAGGAGGGUUUGAAAAAUGAAUCAAGAUUUUUACAGAAAAGAAUUAAAGGGAAUGAUAUCAAAUGUCAAAUUUUGCCACCCAAACAGAGCAAACUGGAUAAUAACGAUAAUGAUUCGCAAAAAAGUUUAUGACUAAUUAAGGCUUUUUCUUUUAUUUCUGUAGCUAUAAUUUUUAAGUAUAUUUUUGCAUAUAAAUUUUUAUUUAAAAAGAAAGAUGCUGAAAAUAAGACUAAAUAAUGCCUAAAAUUGUUAAAUAAUUACCCAUUAAAAAUGUAUAUUAAUUUCAAUAUAUAUUUUUUUGUUACCUAAAUAAAU